GUUGGGCGUGGCGGAGGCGUGGCGGGCGUUUCCGCUGCAGGGCGCCGGCCGUGAGUGGCAGCCGAGCGUUCCCGGUGCGCACUCCUGUCCGCACGCUGCCCGCGCUCCCCGGGAGGUCCGGCCAGGGUCCCGUCCGCGCAGCAUCGCCUCUCCCAACUGCCGCGCCAUGGCACAGGCCCUCAGAGGCACGGUGACCGACUUCCCCGGAUUCGACGAGCGGGCUGACGCGGAGACUCUGCGGAAGGCCAUGAAGGGCCUGGGCACCGACGAGGAGACCAUCCUGACUCUGCUGACGUCUCGGAGCAACGCGCAGCGCCAGGAGAUCGCGGAGGCCUUCAAGACUCUGUUUGGCAGGGAUCUUCUGGAUGACCUGAAAUCAGAACUGACUGGAAAAUUUGAAAAGCUGAUCGUGGCUCUGAUGAAGCCCUCGCGGCUCUACGACGCCUACGAGCUGAAGCACGCUCUGAAGGGAGCUGGUACAGAUGAAAAAGUACUGACAGAAAUCAUUGCUUCAAGGACACCUGAGGAACUAAGAGCCAUAAAGCAAGUUUAUGAAGAAGAGUAUGGCUCAAGCCUGGAAGACGACGUGGUGGGGGAUACCUCGGGGUACUACCAGAGGAUGUUGGUGGUCCUCCUUCAGGCCAACAGAGACCCCGACGCUGGAAUUGACGAAGCUCAGGUCGAACAGGACGCUCAGGCGCUGUUUCAGGCUGGGGAGCUCAAGUGGGGUACAGAUGAAGAGAAGUUCAUCACCAUCUUCGGAACACGGAGCGUGUCACACCUGAGAAGGGUGUUUGACAAGUACAUGACCAUAUCAGGGUUUCAGAUCGAGGAGACCAUCGACCGGGAGACUUCUGGCAACCUGGAGCAGCUGCUCCUGGCUGUUGUGAAGUCGAUUCGCAGCAUCCCUGCCUACCUCGCGGAGACCCUCUACUACGCCAUGAAGGGAGCGGGGACAGAUGACCACACCCUCAUCAGGGUUGUGGUGUCCAGGAGCGAGAUCGAUCUGUUCAACAUCAGGAAGGAGUUCCGCAAGAAUUUCGCCACCUCGCUUUAUUCCAUGAUCAAGGGCGACACCUCUGGGGACUAUAAGAAGGCCCUGCUGCUGCUCUGUGGUGGGGAGGACGACUGACCACCUAGCCUGCUUCAGCCCAUCCAGCCGCACCCGUGCCCAGCACCCGCCGGCCCUGUGCUUGGAGCCCGUGACCAAAUGUGGACAGCCGAGCUCCCCGCUGGUCCUCCCUUGCGAGCCGUCUGCAGCUCCUGCGUGUUCCUAGGGCCCUGGUCCAGUGUCUGAGUCGCUCGGAUCUUCCCCUGGGAGGCCACGUUGCUUUUACCCUGUUUUAUAGCUUCAUUUGUAUUCAUUUGAUAAUCCACUACCUUAAUCAGAACCUUAGCCUUGAAAUUGAGAACCCCUAGAAGUGCUGCUCAUCAAGUGUAUGACUAAUUACACCUGCAGAAUCCAGGUGGUGUGUUCCAGAGAUGAGAAAUAAAGACAUCCUACCCGAA